UGAUGUCUUGUUGAAUGUUUAUUUUGUUUUAUUUGGUAAUAUUUUGUACUAUAGGCGACGUUAUUAUUAUUAAACUGAAUAUAGAUUCGAAUGCACAUUCACAUAAAAAACAGAAUGCUGUUGGUGUUAAUGAGCACACACACAUACACUCUCCCUUUUCAGGGAGGUAUACGCGUGGAGCACGUGGUUUGCCCUAAGUGGGAGUGGGAUGCAUCAACAGAUGCAUAAACAUACCGAGCCAUAUCCCCUCUCUUUAAACUUCAGGGGGAAACUCCUCCUAUUCUCGGUCCAAUUCAUUAUUGUGGUCUGGCCCUUUAAGACAGAGCAGCGGGUCAGCAAGUAGUGUAGUGUUUCUCUAAUUGAACUUCACAAAAGCAAUCAACAAGAACUAGUUAGCGGUUGCUUGCUGUUUUGAGCCUUCCUCAGACACGGCUGUGGUGAAGAUCCUCAUGGAGCAGCUCAGAGAACACUGGAGCCGCCGCGUAUGAGGACUAAAGUUCGGGUGCCCGUGACUCCUGAAGCAUGGUGCUUUUGGAGAGCCACUUCAGAGUGAGGAAAAACGUUUAAAGAGAGGAAUAGUCAAGGCUUUUGUAUGCAUAAACAAGUUUGAACGAGAUAGGUGACUUCUAUUCGAAAUAGUUUCUUGGGACUGAGAUGACCUCCAGCUCUAAAGACAUGAAGGCAGGCUCCGUUUUGCAGUCCAGCGGCGAGGAGAGGCGGCGGGGUCCCUUGGACCAACUCCCACCUCCGGCCAACUCCAACAAGCCUCUCACCCCUUUCAGCAUUGAGGAUAUCUUAAAUAAACCGUCCGUCAAGAAGUCCGUCGGUAGUCUGUGCCCUCCGCGGGUGCUGGAGAAAGUGACCGGCUCGAGUGCGUCUCGGAACGGGAUCAGCGCUCCGUCCUCGCCGUUAUGCGCUCUGGAGGAGCUGGCGAGCAAAACAUUCAAGGGUCUGGAAGUCAACGUUAUACAAGCUGCAGAAGGUCGCGAACAUCUCAACGGCUUCGGCCAAAGACAGGCCUCCAAAAAACGGCGGAAGUCCCGCACGGCCUUCACAAACCACCAGAUCUACGAGCUGGAGAAGCGCUUCUUGUACCAGAAAUACCUGUCACCGGCCGACAGAGACCAGAUCGCGCAGCAGCUGGGUCUGACCAACGCGCAGGUCAUCACCUGGUUCCAGAACCGACGGGCCAAGCUCAAGAGGGACCUGGAGGAGAUGAAGGCGGACGUGGAGUCCCUCAAGAAAAUCCCUCCGCAGGCGUUGCAGAAACUGGUGUCCAUGGAGGACAUGGAAGACCCUCACGGUGGCUCGGGGCCCAUUUCUCCCAGUCUCUCUCCGAGGGCCUUUCCACAGUCCCCGUCCUCGUCCAGAGGCCAAACCACAGACGAGUUCUCCGAGGAGGACGAGGAAAUCGAGGUGGACGAUUGAAAGCAGGCCCUCGUUUUCAGAGAAGGGCGUUUUUCACAACUUUUGCACGGACUCUGCGGAAGAACUCGAAGGUUUAAGUCUCCUUUGUUUUUAAUUUAUUGAAAGGACCUCUACAGAUCGAAGACAUGGUUUAAGGAAUACGCUUUCAUAAGAUCUGAGAAAUUCUUAGAGAUAAAUGGUACAGUAUCAAGACUGCAACAUGUGUAUGUACAUUUUAAGCUUUAUUUCUCAGCUCGAUUUUUUUCGAAGGAAUCGUGUGCAAUUGUUUACACCGUUCAACACACAUUUAUGACCGCUGUGGAACCUCUAUGCCAAAAGUGAUUUUCAAUUCAAUUCUCAGCUGAAUAGAAUUAUAUAUUUAUAAAUAAUUUCAAAAAAAGCAAAUUUAUUCAGUCUUCAUUCUACAUUGUAAUUGUCAAGACUCAUUUCACUAUAUCAGUCCCUGGCACAAUUCCUACAGGCAUUAUUUAACAAAGAAAAAAAAAAAUGUAUGUCCAAAACAAUGCAAAGGGCAAGGUUGUGUAUAUAUAUAACAAGUUAUGAUGCAUCUAACUCGUUAAAUUUAUUGUAACAUUCUAUUUAAUCCUCAUUUAUGUAAAUAAAGGGUAUAUGUAAUUUCA